UAUUUGCUGUAACAGAGUUGAGAUCACGUGUUUCCUGUGGAGCUGACAUAUUUCCGGUGGAGCUCCACUCUACGGGCGUCUGCAGCUGGACCCUCCUCAGUAAAGCUGUUCUUAUUUACAUUUUUUCUCUUUCUGUUGUCAGCUAACACUUGUCCAAAAAGUCUCUAGAUUUGUCGUUAGUCGCUUAAAAAAUCGCUAAAGGGUUCUGAGAAGGUCGCUAAGUCGGCAACACUGCCAGUGAUGGAUGGGCGAGUCAGCGGAGUUCUCGCUUCUAGAAAACAGGAUGACGGAGCAUGACGCACUCGGAACGACGCCAGGGAAAACACCACACCGCUUGUUUGUGCCCGCCUGGCACCGCUAAUAAGAACCCCUAUCUUCACCUCGGUGGGGCGUAAAGCUUUUCAGUCUUUCAAGUUAACCUUGAUUGGCCGAUAGUAUCACUCUCCUGCCUGUGAAUUUUUGCAAAGGGAGUUUACUGUUGUUGAACAAUCACUUUAAUUAACCGCCUAAAUUCCAUCUUGUUAGUUUUCUAAUAUCGAAAUCGCCAAUUCCAACGAAACAGAAAUCACGUUUUUAAAACACUUCCUUUGAAAACCCGCAAACGCACUGCCGGAAAGACCAGUCUGCCCCGACUUAGUUUGUUGAUCGAGUGACGCAAUAUUCAGUCGCCGUUCAGAAAGGGGCGGGGCCCGCCCACUGUACAGCUGGCUUUGAUGAUUAAAGUCCGCGCCGCAAGGAGUGCGGCGACAAGCCGGCCGACGUCAUUAGUUCGCGCCCGCAUCGUCCCAGUGUGUCGGUGUUACAAGCGCUGAGGAGGAGAGUAGCGAUCGGCCAGGGUUAUUUCCGUCCCGCUCCCUCGUCGCUUCACAGAAUACGUAGAUUCAUAAUUUUAUUGUUUUUAACAGAACAGGUUGACAUUUUUAUAACUAGUGUAGCUGUCGGAAAACCUACUAUUAAUUUAUUUGAAGAAACAGAGUGAGAAUUAGUCGAAAACCCAGUGGAGAGUGUACUGCUAGCUACAUAUGUACAUUGCCGAUAGUAAGGCCAGGGGGUAUUAAACGACUCGGGGGAAAGAAGCUGAGGGACCAGUGGCGGACGGUCCGUCACCGGUGACUUCGAGCGAAGCAAGGAGAACCGGCUCAAAAUGCCAAGCCCUGCCCACCCUCAGACGAUCUAGCCAAGGUGCAGGAGGUAGCAAGCUGGCUUUUGGACAUGAACGAGGACCUGCUGUCAGCGGGCAGCAGUCCGCGGCCGGGGGCCACCUCCUCGGCCCGGGUGCCCCACGAGGCGGGCGAGGACGCUGAGGAGGAGGAGUAUAUGGACCGGGAGGCGGAGGAGCGGCCGGCUGGAACUGCGCACGCCAUGGAGGGGCCCUGGGCCCCCGGCGAGUUGUCGCGGCACAGUGACAGGGAGGGUGCAGGCGAUGCGGAGGGCCAGGUGAACGGUGCGGGCGGUCGAGGGAAGGGCCACCCGUGGACGUGGCUUCGGAACCAGGAGCAGGAGGAGAACAACAACUGUGACGGCAGAUGUCAUGCCAGGCAGGACGGUGCGCAGCUGGCCUGUGCCUGCCGCGGGGACGAGCACGGCAAGGAGGAGAACGAGGAGGACCUGGCCGAGGAGGAGCGAAUGGACCAGGGUAGUGACGACUUUGAGCACUCUGAGGAGAGUGGCAGGGAGGAGGAGGAGGAGGAGGAGGAGGAAGAGGAGGCUGGCGCUCACAUCCACUCCUCCUCCCUCAGGAACAAUGUCGUGGACCCAAAUGAGAACACGGAGCUGUCCUCAGCACUACCGCUCCGGCCCACUCUCUCACUCAAGAGCAAGAUGAAGAGGAAGUUGGACCAUGGCCCCGAGGUCCGAUCUUUCCCUUCAGGAAAAAAACCCUGCAAAGGCUCGGAAUACCCAAGCCCCGCAGGCAUCUACCCGGCCACCCCCACCACCUUCAAGGACCUGCGAGCCGCCAAUGGCCAGGGGCAGCAGCGCCGCCGCAUCACUUCCAUUCCCCCUCCCUCAGGGCUGCAGGACUGGCUCCGCACCUUUCAGAGCUGGAGUGGCACGGAGAAGCUGCUGGCGCUGGACGAGCUCAUCGACAGCUGUGAGCCGACGCAGGUCAAGCACAUGAUGCAGGUGAUCGAGCCGCAGUUCCAGCGCGACUUCAUCUCCCUGCUGCCCAAAGAGCUGGCCCUCUACGUUCUCUCCUUCUUGGAGCCCAAAGACCUGCUGCAGGCAGCUCAGACCUGCCGCUACUGGCGCAUUCUGGCUGAGGACAACCUGCUGUGGAGGGAGAAGUGCAGGGAGGAAGGCAUCGACGAGCCCCUGCACGUCAAGCGGAGAAAACCGGUCAAACCUGGCUUCACGCACAGCCCUUGGAAGAGCGCUUACAUCAGGCAGCACAGGGUGGACACUAACUGGAGGAGAGGGGAUCUUAAACCUCCCAAGGUGCUCAAAGGUCACGACGACCAUGUGAUCACCUGCCUGCAGUUCUGCGGCAACCGCGUGGUCAGCGGCUCAGACGACAACACGCUGAAGGUGUGGUCGGCCAUCACUGGCAAGUGCUUACGGACGCUGGUGGGCCACACCGGGGGUGUCUGGUCCUCCCAAAUGAGGGACAACAUCAUCAUCAGCGGCUCAACAGACCGAACACUGAAGGUGUGGAACGCGGAAACGGGCGAGUGCAUCCACACGCUGUACGGCCACACGUCCACUGUGCGCUGCAUGCACCUGCACGACAAGAGGGUGGUGAGCGGAUCGCGGGACGCCACACUGCGCGUCUGGGACAUCGAGACAGGCCAGUGCCUGCACGUGCUGAUGGGCCAUGUGGCGGCAGUGCGCUGCGUGCAGUAUGAUGGGCGGCGUGUGGUCAGCGGCGCCUACGACUUCAUGGUGAAGGUGUGGGACCCCGAGACGGAAACCUGCCUGCACACGCUCCAGGGCCACACCAACCGUGUCUACUCACUGCAGUUUGACGGCGUCCAUGUGGUGAGCGGUUCCCUGGACACGUCCAUCCGGGUCUGGGACGUGGAAACGGGGAACUGCAUCCACACGCUGACGGGCCACCAGUCGCUGACCAGCGGCAUGGAGCUCAGGGACAACAUCCUGGUGUCGGGCAACGCCGACUCCACCGUCAAGAUCUGGGACAUCAAGACGGGCCAGUGUUUGCAGACGCUGCAGGGUCCCCACAAGCACCAGAGUGCCGUCACAUGUCUGCAGUUUAACAAGAACUUUGUGGUGACCAGCUCGGACGACGGCACGGUGAAGCUGUGGGACCUGCGGACGGGCGACUUCAUCCGCAACCUGGUGACGCUGGAGAGCGGCGGCAGCGGCGGCGUGGUGUGGCGCAUCCGCGCCUCCAACACCAAGCUGGUGUGUGCCGUGGGCAGCCGGAACGGCACCGAGGAGACCAAGCUGCUGGUGCUGGACUUUGACGUGGACAUGAAGUGAGGCCCGAUGGGGACCGGCGGGGUCUCUGGGCCGGGCUUUUCAUGGGCUCCGUCCUCCAGCCCCCACCCCCGGAAUAAGGGCCGGGCCCCCGCAGCCGAGUGGUCCGUGUCAUCCAGAAAGGGGUUGGUCUGAGACGGGGGAGGUGGGGCAGGCGGAGCCGGCACGAGGGGGGGGCCCUGCAGGGGACUUGUCGGUUUGGACAUGGUCCAGUGAGCCGGCGGGAGCAUGGGGUCGCUCAGUGUAACGGGGACAGUGGGGGGGGGGCAUCCCGGUAUGCUAACUAGUGUAAAAUAAUCAUUAAGGUAACAUAGAGUGUUGUAACGGAGAAAAAAAAGCUACUUACUUGGGGGGACAGGGGGGGUGGGAGUUACCAAAAGCAGGGCAACAAUCACAUGACCUUUUGGGGUGGGGCCACUGCGUUCUCCGUCUGACACACGUGCUGUGGGAUCUUACUGUCCCAUCAGACUCGCUUAAGGUUUCACCGAUCCGCUGCCAGCCACAAUCACAGUAUUAACGCCCCCCCCCCCCCCCCCCCCCCCACACAGAGCGCUGUGUGCUGUGUCCUCUGUGACAGCUCUCUGAGAGAUCAUGGCAAUUCACCCGUCCCUCAGUACUGUACCCCAGUGGCCAAACUGUAUUUAUGCUGCUAAAUGGUGGAGAUGUGUGACCUUUACUGCUGAGACGUUUUAGUCCCAGAUGAAAUUUUCUGAUCGUUCGGACUUUUUAAAACUGAGAAACAUUAAAUGUAACCUUGAGCCAGCUGUGCCUCCUGAGUGCAGGUGGGUUUGGGAGCGAGAUCCCGAGGUCCACGAGCUCCGGGAGGUCACGAGAUCCCGAGGUCCGCUGGGUCCAGGAGGAUGUGCACGUUUAUUUACUGUGUGUGUGCGCGCUCGUGCGUGCGUGCGUGUGUCCGUGUUUGUGUUUGUGUCCCCGUGCAGGCUGUAAACACAUUCCCUGGAACGACGUGCUUUCUGCCUGCUCUCUAAGGAGACUACACUUUGUGGACUGUGGAGAUGGAAUGGGGGGAGGGGGAGGCAGGGCCCGUCCCCCCCCAAGGAUGAGGCAGUGCAUAUGCUGACCCGGGCACCGUGUCCCGUCUCCCACAGACGUCCCAUCUAACCCCUGCGACAAAGCUGACAAAGGGCCGACUUUGCUUCCAGAGCCGAGCAGAGAGUAUUAACCCAUCGGACACGUGACUGCGGGGUACAUGAUGCCCCCCCCCCCCCCCCGCAUGCCGGCACUGCACGACGUAGCCAAACGACAUGCUCCUGGAGGGCCAUGGGACUUCAGCCGAACUGUGAAAGUGGUGCAGCGCUGCACAUUCAAGGCCGUGCCCGCCUGCCCACCCGCCCGCUCUGCGCCGCGCCGUCCACCUGUUCUAAUUUAUGACCUGGUUUAAAGAGAAUCACCACCUUCAGAUGUUACAGAUUUUCCGGUUCAUCUUACUGCCUCAUAACAGACAGGAAGAUCAAUAAACAAACAAAAGGGAUUGUCUCCUUUGAUUUAUUUAGGAUUUUUAUUUUCUUAAGUGCAAUAAAAUGUUGGUUUUUGCUUUUCA